CCCAUCAUCACACCGCUAUAAGUCUUGACAAUUUUGACCCACCCGUCUAUAGUUGUCCUCGCCUCCAUCCUAUUCGUAUUGCAAUCUUUACAGUUCAUCAGCGUUCACCUUACCUAAAAGCUUGCCUUCUGCUUGCUUCUUUUCUCUCCCGCGAAUUCGCUUGCCCUGAUCCUCCAGUAUGAGCCUUUCUUGUUCUUUGCCACCGCAAUCUGCCGUUCUGGCUUUUCCAGCUUCUCCUACGUUUGAUAGCAAACAAUCCCAGCAUCUUGAACAUAGCACCUCAGUCGGCACUGGCUGCGACACCGUACCAAACACUCCAAUCUCUUCUCGCCAAGCGCCACCCACACCGCCAGAUUCAGAUUCCUCGUCGCGCGGUAAUACCCUCAGUAGUACUUCAUUUUCUUCAUCUCAGCCCAGCCUCUCUUCAUCUUCGUCUCAAAAAGUUAACGUCAAUUCCAGUCCUAAGUCCCAUAAUUCGUCGCAUUCUAGUCCUAUCUCCAUGUCUACAAACCACGCUGUCACCAGACCAAAUAAUCCGUCCCUCAAGCUACAGGAAAAUGGUACGGCAUCGUCCUAUAGUCUUACUACUGCAAUUUCAUCCAACUCUCCCUCGUAUAGCACCUCUUGUCCUACCGGUUUGCAAUUUUCGUAUGACCACAUGUUUCCUGACUCAAGUGACUCACAAUCGUCGCUGAGUCCCGAAACCUUUUCUCAGGGUCUUCCCAGCGUAUCUCACCGUACCCCAAAUGUGUACAUUAAUGGCCUCCCCCCUCAUUUUCCGGAGCAGGAGCUCUUUGCUCUCACUCGCCCAUUUGGCGAGGUGAAGAGUGUGAGGUCGUUCACUAGGCAUGUGAGCGAGAAACCAACAGGAUAUGGCUUCGUACUCUUCAACGACGUCGAUUCAGCGGAAAAAUGUAUCGACGGCCUCCGGAAAUAUCGCAAUCUACAUCCCUCGUUCUCAAAGCAACUCCAUCGGAUACCUGGCACGGUGUACGCCCAGCAAAGCCCCUCGCAUAUAGAUCACGAUGAAGACUCUUUCAAGGCGCGUAUGGAAAAACUGAAGGAUGGGUUGUCCUCCAAUUUAUACAUCGAGGGCCUUCCGCUUUCGAUUGAUGAAGAGAGUCUUGCUGCUUUGGUGCACCCUUACGCAAUUAAGAGCAGCCGCUUCUUUAAAACGAAGCUGAGCGAACCCCCACGGAUAAUAGCUUUCGUUCGGCUCGAGACUCGCACAGCUGCUGAAGAUACCAUCGAACGCCUGCACGGUCGGAUGGUUCGUGGAUGGAAUGAUCCUGGAUGCAGGAUUUCCGUCCGUUUUGCUGACAGUGCCGAGCAACGGGAGCUGAGGCGAUCAGAGAGAUUCUCUAAAAAUGGGGAUCAGUCUCCGGCCCGUUUGUCGAUCGCUCAAGCAGCCCUUCUCAACCUUCGUGGCAAAGAGCUCCAAGCUCACCCUCGCAGGACCCAAGUAAAUCAUGUCCGUGACAUCCCUAUCAUUGGCCAACCUCGUGACGAGAUUUCCUUACCGAACGUCCAUCACUCCUACCCCAACCUGAAUCUCGCCUCCGUGCCUGCGGGGAGCAUUCCUGUAUCUAACUCGCUGCCUGCGCAUCUUGGUUAUCCGUACGGCAGUUCUCCGUCGACUAGGUAUCAGGACCUUCCACCGAACCCUUACAGCGACGAUCUUCUGCACUCACUGCAACAAAACCUCAAUUUGACAGACGCGUACACGGGGUCGACACUUGAUCAAGAGCAUGAUGUUCAGCGCGCCCAUCUUCAAGCCCUCGCAAAUGCUACGCUGUACACCGCCAGUGCGCAGCCGUCUGUACAGCAGCCUCGCAGUCAGAUACAGGCUAGGAACGGUUUCACACCCGCCGAGGAGCUCAUCCUACAGGCUCACACAAGGCUACGUGAACAACAGUACCAACAGGUGCAGACCCGACAGCAACUUGUGCCACGCGAGUCCACUCUUCCUCGGCGCGCCCCCUCUUCUGGACGUAUAGAACCCGGAAGCAAACUCAAUGCGAACGCGCAGGUAUUCCACGCCCCUGAGCAGAUCGCCGCUCAUCCGCUCACUGGUCGAGCCCUGGGUGGGGCGAGCCGGUCGAAGUUCUUGGACAACGCUCUACCGCCAAUCUGCGAAGAUGACUUCCAUACUCUCGGCCAACAUCACCUAGAGUCCAUGUCGCAUUACGAGCAUCUUCGCACCCGUUAUCAGGAGGAUCUGCAUUUCCGUGGCGACGCUGGCAACGUCAGGAUCACGAAACCACCCAGUCGUGCCAUCGAAAUUGUUCCACCACCUCAACAUCUUGAUUCCCAGAGUUCUUCUUUACAGUCGCACCAUCGCUCUCAGUUCUCUUCGCGUUCGCACCUUUCUGCGCGCCAGCCAGCGCCAUCCGCUACUCUCCCCCGAUCCCCUCUUGCGUCGAAUUCAUCUCAGCACAAUUAUCAGCACACAGACACUCGUUCUAAUAGCCUAAAUGGCGCCAUCACUACGUCCAGUACCAGCGAUAAACUCGACAACAAUCCUCAUACCUAUCUUCAUUCGCCAGCAGUAUCCCGGCCUCGGUCUGAUGAUCAAGAAGAUCAUCGCAAUAAUUCUAGUUCUGUAUCCUCAAAAGCAUACGUUUCUGCGCAGAAGUCGCCGUCGUUGGCCCAACAACUAUCAUUCGAAAAUGACAUGAGGUCUCCCACUCUCGUCUCUCCAGCACUAACUUACUCGUCUCGUACCCCAUCUACACUCAGUCCAGCUACCCCUUUCUUCGGAUCAUUUAAUGGCAGCCCAGAGACCUUCGAGUACGCGCCGGACGAUGGGGAGAUGGUCGAGAAGGUGAAGGUGGGGUCAGGUACGCACUAGCUCACCGUUCGCAUCCAGUGAUGCGUUUCUGGUCCAUGUUGUUUUAUCAUGGGGUGAUCACAGUAUUCCUUAGCAUGAUGUGAUGUGCAGUUUGUUCUCUUUCGUUCGAUGUUCCCGGAUAAGUAUAUUUUGAUAGCCAUAGUGCAUACGCACGAGUGCGAAUAGCGUUGUACCCACGCAGUUUUAGUACUUCUUGAGAUACAGCAGCUGUUUAAUAGUAGAGCAUAUAUGCGUCUACGUUCUUCCGACUAGAAUAUGAGUGUCGUCUAUGGUUUUGCGAUGCGCAUACGCGAUAGGAGACACUCGUUCAGUUUAACCUCCAAGUAUGGCAUAACACCGCAUUGGAAGAUAGUAGCUGUUUGCCGCCGUGUAACUAUACUUUGGGCCUAU